AUGUCGUUGGAGCCCUGGGAUUAUGGCUUCGAUUAUGAGAUGGAAAUCAUGUCGCAGAGCGUGCGGCCAAGUUACAGCUUUAAGUGCCAGCAAUUGAUCGAUUGCCAGUUCACAACGAAACCGAAAAGCAUUGGCCCUUUUGUCGUGGCGCACCGCGGUCUCCAUCUGGUGGCACGUAACUUCAAUUUGUUUAUGGUUCUCAGCAAUACUGCUAUCGAUAACGUUCGGGGAAUGCACCAGGAUCAUGAGGUUUGGUGCUACACUCCAGCAACAAAUCGCUGGAAACUGGAUGAGGGCUUCAAGCUCGAGCUCCAUCACUUAAGCAUCAAAGCAUUUCUGAACACCGGCGGAAAUAAGCUAUUGAUCUACUUUGCCGACGAUGAAAAUCCAAGGAUCGGAAAUGGCUUUGUGGUGCACUCUAUCGACGGCACAAAUGCGAUAUUCCGGGCCGACAAAGGCGUUCUGCCGAGGGCAGAUUGUGGUGCAGCAUUGAGGCUGUGGCAGGUGCUCUACCAAAGUGAGCGGAACAAUCCCUUCGACUAUCCCAAGGGACGCUUUAACCACCAAGUGAUCACCGAUGGCAAGUUCAUCUAUUGUCUAGGCGGCGGCCACAUUAAUAUGCAAUUGCACGACUUCAAGCACAUUCUCACCUUCAAUCUGACCACCCACACUUGGCUUGAGCGUCACACCCAUCCCGAUGACCGCAUGCUAGCGGAGAACCAAGGCUAUCCGAGGGCACGUCAGGAGUUUGCAUGUGUGCAGCGACGUUGCUCCAACGGCGACACUGAAGCCAUCAUCUGUGGCGGCCAGGAGGUGGAAUUCUUUAGCUACCUGUCCGACAUAUGGAAGCUCAAUGUGUGCACCAUGGAGUGGACGCAUCUUCUCACCGCCUGCACACCGUUAUCCACGUACAUCGAAUCGGCCGCGCUGAUAAGGAACGAUUGCUUGUUCGUCUUAGGUGGGGAUAAGGAUGAUAUUUGGUCUCCGAUUCCCAGUGUGUCGGGAGUCUACAAGAUGUGGCUGACGGUGCCGAAGCUAAGUGAAUUGGCCUGGGAAGCAUACAGCUACUAUAACGAUAUCGAGGAUCGCGAUCGUCAAGAGUUGAUCAAUUUGGGCAUUCCAUCGAGAUUUGUUGAACGCCUGCCUCCUGUCGAGCCGAGUUCCGAGGAUGAUUCUGAUUUUUAA